UUUCGGUCAACAUUUCAAACAGUUGAGAACAUGGAGGUUCAAUCUGCUGCUAUGCUGCUGCUGCUGGCGCUGCAGGCCGCGGCUCAGGAGGUUAAAUACUUUGAGAUCGGCGGAAAUCUGGAGCUCGACCCAAAGCCUUCUGAGGCCAUCAUCGCCAUCACAUGGAAGCAUAAGGGGAACAUUGCUGUUGAAUACAUUAAGGAUGCGGUUCCUCUGGAAUAUCUGGGUAACAUAAAAGGCCGAUUAAAACUGAACGUGACCACCGCAAUACUGACCAUCAGCAACAUGAGAAAAUCUGACGACGGGCAGUUCACGGUGGAGGUCAACAACAGAGUCCUUCCUAUCAGAUUUAACGUUGUGGGGGUCAAGUCUGUCCCUGAACCUGUACUGGUUCUGAAUAAUCCGACAUGCUACAAGAACUCGGACUCGUGCAAUUUGACCUGCAAGGGAGACAUCAGAGACUCUGGACCAGUUCGGUACUUCUGGAAGCUGGGAGAAUAUGGACCCUGGUUGAAAGCAGAACAGGACUGGAUGUUCACAGCGAUGCAGAAGGCAUUGGUUGAAAAGAUCAUCUGCAAAAUUCAGAACCCGAUCAGUGAGAGGGAGAGCGGACCUCUGCAGAAUCUCCUCUUCCCUCCAGGUUGCAGCUUCAUUUCUGAGGUUCUGGGUGUUGUGAUGAGAUCUGUGGCUCUCCUGGUUCUGUCCAGUAUCGCUGUUUGGUUCUUUUGGCAGAACCGGAACACCAUGUGUAGGUGCAGAACCAAAGAGGAUAGCCAAGCUUAGCUUUACUUCAGGAAUGUUUGAGCUGUGCUUAAGAGGAGGGAAGCUUAGAUAAUUCAUACAAUAGAAACUUUGCAUUAAAAGUAGUACAUAAAAGUGCAGCUGUUUAUGUACUUCAGCUCCAAAUCAGCCUCCUCAUUUUGUACUCCUGGUGCAUGUUAUUAAAAACAAGAAGCUUG